AUGUCGACGGAGAAACAGCACGCCCUCGCGCUCCAGCGCGAGGAGUCGAAAAAGUCGUCCCUCGCCCAGGGGGCGGACGUGGACAUCACGCCCGUGCUCGAGAGCUACGACGAUCUCAGCGCCGAGGAGAAGCGCGCCGAGCGCAACUUUGUGUGGCGCCUCGACCUCGUCUUCAUCUCCAUCGGGUGGCUGUCGUACGUGUUCAAGUACCUCGACCAGACCAACAUUUCCAAUGCCUAUGUGUCGGGGAUGAAGGAGGAGAUCCAUAUCGUGGGCAACCAGGUGAGUGGCACGGCAUGUGGCACUCGUGCCGCGCCGCUGCGCUGGCUCCGGCUCCUCGCACGCCGCACGCUCGCUGACGCCCGCGUGCUCGCGCAGUACAACUACUUCACGACGCUCUUCAACGCAGGGUACAUCGUGAUGCUGUACCCUUCCUGUGUGCUAAUCUCGCACUUCGGCCCCUCAGUCUGGCUGCCGGGAUGCGAGCUGGUGUGGGGCGUGCUCACGUGCACGCUGUCCACGGCGCAGAACUACAAGACGGUCUACGGGCUGCGCUUCCUCAUCGGCUUAGCCGAAGGCUCCGCGUGGCCAGGCUACAUCACGCUCAUAUCCCAGUGGUACCUGCCCCACGAGGUCGCCUUCCGCAUGGCGCUGUUCAACUGCGCGCAGCCCGUCGGCGCGAUGCUGUCCGGCGCGCUCCAAGGCGCGCUCAGCACCAACCUCGAGAACGCGCUCGGCCGCUCGGGCUGGCGCUGGGCAUUCAUCGUCAACGGCGUCAUGACCAUCUUCAUCGCGCUCCUCGCCUUUUUCUGCCUCCCAGGAUACCCCGAGCGCCCGAACCCCUUGGCGCGGUGGUACCUCGGCGACAAGCAGAUCAAGAUUGCCCUCGCGCGGAAUAGGCGCGUGCACCGCGCCCCGCAGCGCGGGAUCACGGGCAAGACCUUCCUCCGCGCGCUGACUUUCUGGCCUCUGUGGCUUAUCGCACUCGCCUGGUCGUGGGGCGGAAACACCACCCCGGCAAACUACUACAACCUGUGGCUCAAGUCUCUCAAGCUGCCCAACGGCCACGCGCGCUACAGUGUCGCUAUGUUAAACUACCUCCCUAUUAUAGGACAGGCGCUGCAGCUCGUCACCCAGCUGCUGCUUACCUUCGCGUCAGAUUUGACAGGCAAGCGGCUGCCGUGGCUCCUGGUCCACGCGGCAAUCAACAUUGCGUCGGAGGUCAUUCUCGUCAUCCGCCCGGCCAACCGCCACACUUACAUGGCGGGAUGGUACCUCAACUACUGUGGCGCCGCGGCUACCAUGAUCCUCGCCGCGUGGGGCUCGGGAUACCUCCAGGACGAGCCAGAGGUGCGCACAAUCCUGUUCGCCACCGGCACAGUCUUCAGCUAUAUCCAGAACGCGUUCCUCCCCAUCGCUGCCUUCCCGGCAUCCGAGGCGCCCAACUGGCGCAUCGGUGCCAAGGUCUACCUCGGCGCGAUGGUAGGGUCGACACUUCUGUUUAUCAUCAUCUACUUCUUGUUCCGGCGCGUCGACAGAAUUAGGGAGGAGAAGGCAAAGAGAGGCGAGAAGGACGAAGACUCGAGGUCGCUCAGGUUCUGGGUGUACUAG